AAUUAAGGAAUAAGGAUAAAUAAAGGAUUAAGCGAUACACAAUCUUCUGGAUUGUAAUAAAAAAAAAUCAUGGAUACUUAUGUGAAUCAAUAAAAGGAGAUAAAGAAGAAGCAAUGAAAUCAUUGUAACGAAUGUGAUAAAAGUAAUGAUUUGUGAAGCAAAAACAAGUUAAAGAUUGAAAAAGCUAAUUGUCAAUGACUAAUUAUGUGCAUUAGUGUUAAUGGAAUAAAUUUACCAUAAAAGUCUUAGAAUUAAAUAUGAAAAAGUUCAAAAAAAAUAAGCAGUUUUAUCUUAAUUUGCAAGUUGAAUUAAGACAUAAAAAGUUAACAAAAUGAAUGAAACAGAAUGCGAUCAGUUAAUUGAAUCCGUUCAAUGGACGGAACCGAAGAAUCUUAUAUCUUUAGCUAUUCUUGGGUUCAUUGAUAUACUUGUUAUUGUUGGCAACUGCCUCGUUAUUGCUGCAGUUUUUUGUUCUCAUAAACUUAGGAGUGUAACAAAUUUUUUCAUAGUAAGUUUAGCAGUUAGUGACCUUUUAGUAGGAUUAGCUGUACUUCCAUUCUCUUCAACGUGGGAAGUAUUUAAGGUGUGGAUAUUUGGAGAUGUAUGGUGUAAAAUAUGGCUAGCAGUUGAUGUACUAUUAUGUACGGCAUCUAUAUUAAAUUUGUGUGCGAUAUCAUUGGAUCGUUAUGUGGCUGUUACUAGGCCAGUAACAUACCCAAGUAUUAUGUCAACCAAACGAGCAAAAUCACUUAUUGCUGGAUUAUGGGUGCUUUCGUUCGUAAUUUGCUUUCCGCCCCUAGUUGGAUGGAAAAAUCAAAACCAAUUUAUGACUGAUGAGUUCAUUUACCAGCGAGAAAAUUAUACGUUAAUAUCAGCUACAAUUACUCCAUCAACCUUUGUCAAGUGCCAAUGGAAGUGUGAGCUUACUAACGAUGCUGGAUAUGUUGUUUACAGUGCGUUUGGGAGUUUUUAUAUACCCAUGUUAGUUAUGCUGUUUUUCUACUGGCGAAUUUAUCGAGCUGCUAUACGUACCACUCGUGCAAUUAAUCGUGGUUUCCGCACAACAAAAGGAAAAUGUGGAAAAAACAAUCAAUUUGAUGAAGAAAAUGUGACAUUGCGUAUACAUCGUGGCAAUAAAAAUCAGAGGCAAAAUCAAAACUCUGACAUGACAGUAUCAAACUCGAUAACAAAUUUGGAUAGCUUCAAGACAAAUCCAGUAAGUGUCACAUCAAUGACAUCAUUCGAGCGUAAAAAAAGACAUGGAUCACGAUAUAAAGACAAAGUUACUAUUUCCAUAUCAUACCCUUCAACGGACCAUAUAGCUAGUCCAACAAUUUCAACAACUUCGUCAAACCAAGUUUCGAUGAUUUCUUCAUGCUCAAAGGAACCAAUUUCGCUACGUCAAAGCAAUUCAUCUGACUUACCUGAUUCUCAAAAUCUUUUUAAAGAAAAUCUUGAAAAUUUUAGUCCAAAAAAUGAAUUUUCACCUAAUAGUUCAGGAAAAAAAGCGAAACGAACUAUCAGUGGUGCAAAAGUCCAAGUUAGGAAAUUUCGCAUGGAAACAAAAGCAGCAAAAACACUUGCCAUCAUUGUAGGGAUGUUUGUACUUUGCUGGUGUCCUUUUUUUACAUUAUACUUAAUCCGGCCUUUCUGCGACGAUUGCGUGAAUCCAAUACUGUUUUCUGUGUUAUUCUGGCUUGGAUACUGUAAUUCAGCAGUAAAUCCUUUUAUAUAUGCAAUGUUCUCCAAGGACUUUCGUUUUGCAUUUAAACGGGUCAUUUAUAGAUGCCUCUGCUCCAAAAAAUAUCUCGAGGAACACAAAUUUCAUGUUUUGCAUCGAUUUGUUCCAAUUCCUUUUGCUGCCGGGAUAGGUCAACGUAACAAUUUAAAUUUUGAUAUUGCCAGAUGACGUUCAUAUACCACGACAUCAUCACUUAAUUCAAACACAUUGCGAAAUCCCAUCACAGAAAUAUGUCAUCCAAUCGUAAUAACGAAUUUAUCAGCAGCUUGUAAUCAUUCAUCAGUAGCAAAUACUUCACCAGCGUCUCGUAAAGAUUCAUCAACAUCAACAAAUUUAUUUCGUUCUAAAUCUAUGCGAGUUACGACUAACUCAAUUACCAUAUUGUGAAAUGUUUUUUUUUGCUUUGUUUUGCUUGUUACACAAAAACGCAAUUUGGUUAUGUAUGCCAUUUAUAGAAACUAAGCAUUUUAUGUUGAUUCUAACAAUUUACAUAGGAAGAGAAAUUAAGAAGUAAAC